GUGCAUUAGCCGUCGGCAUAACAAAUUUCCAGCAACACACAACUUGUUGCAUAACAGCUGUAAAUCUUUGCUUGACAGCAGUUCACGUUUCGGUGCCUAAACAGAUUUUCACUUCCCCCACUGCGUCGAGCAGCCGUCGCGAGCUGCUCCCUACAAAUCGUCGUCAUCGAAUUCUCGCCUGUGUACGUUGAACGAAAAGACUUCAAGACGGUUGCCUCACGGUUCGAGUGGAAUGAGCAUAGGGACACUGGUCUUCCUUUCGAUAGAUCGGUUUUCAAGGUCGUUAAACUGAGCCCCAACUUGGAGCCCUACCCCGCCAGCGUGGAGGGCUUGAAUAGCCCUAGAGCGGUGGGGAUGGCCGCCACCUCGUAUAUGACACCGUCCAGCGGUGACCUAGAUAUGGCGCUGGGCGGCGGUGGCUAUCACACCUCAUCGCCUCGGUCUGCCGCCGAUGCAGGCGAAAUGAAGUACAUGCAGCAUCAUCAUCAUCAUGCCGCCGCCGCUGCUGCCCACCAUCAGCUUCCAUCAUCUCCCAGCCCGAACGCAGUCGUAGGCGGCGCGUCCGGAGCGGGUGGCGGCGCCGGCGGGUUGGGUAUUUCUACGACAGGGCUCAGUUCGAUUACACCUACAGGCGGCUUAGGCUCGAACCCCUGGACCGCGUUACAUCCUUCCGAUCCCUGGGCGUCCAUGACACACCAUACACACCAUCAUCCCGCGGAUGCGGUGAAGCAGGAAAUGUCACAUUUGUCACAGCAGUCGCGGGUUCAGCAAGGCAUGGCAUCCCCUCAUACAUGGCACGCACCGGUUCAUGCUCCCGCCCAUUACGCACCGACGGGCGGUUCACCGUUGCAAUACCACCAUGCAAUGAACGGUAUGUUGCACCAUCCAGCGCAUGCAGCGCAUCACCAAGGCGUGGCACCGCUCCACCAUGCCUUACGCGGCGAGUCGCCACAGUUGCACAUACAUCACCACCUGCAAGGCGAUCGCGACGUGUCGGGCGGUGAAGAAGACACGCCUACUUCAGAUGAUUUAGAGGCGUUUGCUAAGCAGUUCAAACAGCGCCGCAUUAAGCUCGGCUUUACACAAGCGGACGUCGGCCUAGCGCUUGGCACCCUGUAUGGCAACGUCUUCUCUCAGACGACAAUUUGCCGCUUCGAGGCUCUACAGUUAAGUUUCAAGAACAUGUGCAAAUUGAAGCCACUUCUACAAAAAUGGCUCGAAGAGGCUGACUCUACAACCGGCUCGCCGACCAGCAUCGACAAGAUCGCGGCGCAGGGACGCAAGCGCAAGAAACGUACCAGCAUUGAGGUGAGUGUAAAGGGCGCGCUUGAGCAGCAUUUCCACAAGCAGCCGAAGCCAUCAGCCCAAGAGAUCACUUCGCUGGCGGACUCGUUGCAGCUAGAGAAGGAGGUUGUGCGGGUGUGGUUCUGCAACCGACGGCAGAAGGAGAAGCGCAUGACUCCGCCGAACACAAUGGGCGGCGAUAUGAUGGACGGCAUGCCACCGGGACACAUGCAUCCGCACGCCGGCUACCAUCCGCAUCACGAUAUGCACGGCAGUCCGAUGGGCACGCACAGUCACAGCCAUAGCCCGCCCAUGCUUAGCCCACAAAACAUGCAGUCCGCGGGGGGGCAUCAGUUAGCGGCUCACUAGCAAUCAGAAAUCCAGGAGUCGAACUCAGCUGCAGCUGCGUCCACUCCUGCAUCGCUGCAUCAGCAGCAACAACAGCAACAACACCAGCAGCAACAGCACCAGCCACAUAACCAACAUACGCCAAAUACGCCGUCGUCGUCUGCGGGCUCCUCGGCGACGAUGACGACCAAUGUGCUGUCGCCGCAAUCGCCCAUCGGUGCGGGCCUGGCUGCGAAUAACAAUAAUAACAAUAACAACAAUAACAAUAAUAACAACAACAAUACGAAUAAUAAUAACAACAACAAUAACAACGAUAGUGAUCACUUGGCUCAGGUGAAACAACAGCAGCAACAGCAAGCGUCAUCGAUAGCGGCCGCUGCAGCCGCCGCUAUGUACAUCGAUCCGAUGCGCUACCAGCACCACCAUCCACAUCAACACCCGCACCUCAAUCCCGCGCACCAUCCGCACCUCUUUCACACCAGCGAUCAGCAGCACCCAGCGCUGCAACAUCCCGCCGCCCAUCACCAACAUUUGCAACAGCCGCAAACAUCACCCGGCGCGGGCAGCAGUAGCGGCGCCUUGCAAGCGCCAUCCUCAUCGCCCUCCUCGGCGUCCUCCGUGCUGGGGGUGGGCAGUGCGGCGGGCAUGCAUCACCUCAACCUGAACCCGCAUUCGCUACACCAGCAUCAUCAUCACCACCAGCAACAGCAUCACCAUCAGCAGCAACAACAACAGCUACAUGCCCGCCGGCUCUUCGAAUGGAGUUUACAAUUCGGUGCUGCGGCACCAAGCGUAAGGCACUUCAACUCCUUCGGCGGAAGCGGCGAAUAGCACACGUCCGCCGCAGCGGCAGCGUCGGCCGCCUGGUUCGGGUAUGAGUCGUCUUAAGCGAAGCGCGCAAGAUGAAAAUCAGCCAGGAACUAGGCG